AUGGUUUGGGAACAUAUAAAUCCAGACAAAGCGCAUGUGGCGUACGCCGUUUUAGCGGUGUUCUCGUCCUUUUUCUCACUUUGCUCGCUUUUCAUCAAGGAAAGACUAUAUAUCGGUGAGGCCUCUGUGGCCACAAUAUACGGUCUCAUAGUUGGUCCGCAUUGUUUGGACUGGUUCGACCCUUCCUCGUGGGGGAAUGAGGACUACAUAACUUUGGAAAUCAGCAGAGUCAUUUUGUGCAUUGAAAUAGUGGCUGUCGCUGUAGAACUUCCGAAGAAAUACAUCUUGAAACACUGGCUCGGGGUGUUCCUGCUCUUGAUCCCUGUGAUGACCAUCGGAUGGCUGGUUAUAGGACUGUUCAUAUGGCUCAUCAUCCCUGGACUACACUAUGGAUACGGUCUGUUGAUAUCCGCCUGCAUUACCGCCACAGAUCCUGUUCUUGCACAAGCAGUUGUUGGUAAGGGUAAAUUUGCAAGAAGAGUGCCAGCCCAUUUGCGGAAUCUUCUCACCGCCGAAUCCGCAUGCAACGACGGCGUGUCUGUGCCGUUUGUUUAUCUUGCGGUCAACAUCAUUAUACAUGGUUCUAACGCGGGAGCCAUCGCGCGUGAUUGGAUUACAGUCACUGUUCUUUACGAGUGUCUUUUUGGCUGCAUUCUAGGCGGAAUCAUUGGGUUUCUUGGACGCAAACUUAUCCAGUAUGCGGAAGAAAAAGACCUUAUCGACAGAGAGUCGUUCCUGGCGUUCUAUGUUAUGCUGGCACUCUUGUGCGCAGGUUUUGGAGCUAUACUCGGUGUCGACGAUCUGCUGGCUUCUUUUGCCGCCGGCGCUACUUUUGCCUGGGAUGGCCGUUUCACUGAGCGUACAGAAGAGUCGCAUGUUUCCUCGGUCAUUGACCUGUUGCUCAACUUGGCCUACUUCGUCUAUUUCGGCACAAUUAUCCCUUGGGAGCAAUUUAAUAAUAAAUCGCUCGGCCUUAACUGGUGGAGGCUUGUGUGCAUUGCUAUUGUGGUGAUAUUUUUAAGACGAAUCCCGGCAGUGCUUGCGAUCAAGCCAUUCAGUCCCGAUAUCAAGAACUGGAAAGAGGCAUUGUUUGUGGGCCAUUUUGGUCCAAUCGGGGUGGGUGCUGUCUUUGCGUCUAUUCUGGCCAUAGGUGAUUUGGAAGCCCAUGUCUUGCACCUUGAACAUGGCCCCACAGCCCAGUAUCCAGACGUGGAAGAGUACCAUCAGCUAAUAAGGAUUAUUUGGCCGACUGUUUGUUUCUUGGUUCUCAGCAGUAUUAUAGUGCACGGUUCCUCUGUUGCUGUGAUGACAUUGGGCCGCCACUUGCAAACAAUGACGUUCACCAUGACACUGACAAAAGUCGAGACCGAUGGCGGGGGAUGGAUCUCGAGACUUCCGAAGCUGGAAAAAAGCGGUACCUCUUUCUCCAUCAAGAGAAUUGAUACCAUGGCUCCUUCCGAGGCAAGCCACGACAACGGACUUUUGGAGAAAACCUACACCAGCGACUCGACUAAUGUGGAUGCCGGCGAUACUGCGGCCUCUGCUAAACCGGCAGGAAGUUCAACAACCCGUCUUGAGGUUGAGGAGAUGGACCGGUCUGACCAGUCCAGCGAUCACGGCGAAGAGGUUAUGGGUCCUCCUUUAAUGAAGGUCACAUCGCCAAGAAUGGCCGAAUUGCAAAGGGACUUUGAGCUUACCGACGAUGAUAUACAACCAAUUGAGAUAGACGGAGAGCUGAAAAUUCCAACUUACGGUUAUAGAGACGGUACACAGCUUAUUAUUGAGGACCAGAACGGAGAAAUACUGCAUACAUUUAAUGCACCGCGUGCAGAAUCCGAUGAUCAGAAGAGCAUGCACAGUCUGCACAGUUUAAGCACGUUGAAGAGCCGACUUGCUGACCUGCAAAGGAAAAAACGGACUCGGACAAAUGACGGAGAAGAAAUACAGAUCGAGGACUUUUCGCGCCCGGAGGAAAAAAUCGAUCAGCUGGUGAACAAGACCGACUCAGACCACAAAAUGCUUUUGGGCCAAAAGAUCAAACGUGACAAGAAUAAUAAACCUCAUGCUUCACAGAGAUAUCAUGGUUUCCGCAUUGACGACAACAUUCUGAUCGAGAAUGCCGACGGAGAGGUUGUGGGGAGAUUCAAAAUAAAUCAGAAAAAGAAACCUGCAGCUGCCAAAGCAGACACGCUCGACAAGGCAUUGAAGUUGGUUGGAUUGUUGAAGGAAAAAGCCGGAGACGUUGAGCAAAGUCAAGUUUCGAAUGAUGACCUGAUUCCAACGGAUGCGGGACCGCAGGACAAAAGGUUGGAAGACAAGCUUAAAAAGUUUUUGACUGCAGAUACGCGUAAAGUUAGCGUGAGCUCUCCACCUUCGUCAUCUCAGAAAAACACAGACUCAUCAACAGGUUCUGACUCGUCCAACCGAUCGGACAGCUAUAAUCAGGAGGAGUCCGAGGUGGAGCGUGCGAGACGUCUGGCUGCGCUGGCCUCGUCCUCUAGAGACCCGGAAGACGAGGAGGACGAGCCUGCUACCAAAUUAUAA